AUGAGUGCUGUGGUGGACAUUGCGGUACAAACACAGGCUGGGUUUGGAUGUCCGCUAUGGGCGCCGAUCAAGUUCAUAUUGAAGAUCUCGGACGAUCAUUCAAAAGCUACCGAGCAGGUUUUCAAUCUACUACAAUCGAUUACAGAGAGCCUUCCGCGACUCGAGGUUUAUGAAAAGUUGCAGUCGGACAAUAUACUGCAAAUUGCACUCCUGAACAUCUUUACCGACGUGGUGGAUUUUUCUGUGCGGGCCUUCCAAUUCUUUCGGCGGAGAACAUUAGUGAGAUUAGCCCAGACUGUAGUACGCUCUUUUGAUCAAGAUAUUGGAGCCGUCAUAGCUCGACUUGAACGCCAUGCUAGGGUCGCUGACCAGACUGCUGUUGCCACGGAGCUUCUAGAAGCAGCGAAGUUCCGCAAAGAAGCCGGCCGAAGACAGCACGAAGAGUUAGAGAUCCAAUGUGAAAGGUGGUUGAAACCUUCGGAUGUCAAACAUGUUCACCUGCGUCAAGUCCGGGCUAGAUUAGAGGGCACCUGCGACUGGAUCACAUCAAACGAUGUGUUUGGGAGAUGGAUUAAGCCAGGAUGCUUGACAAGCCAGGAUCGACUCCUCGUCAUCUCUGGCACUCAUGGCUGCGGCAAAUCAAACACUCCUAUGGCAGUUGCUGCAAGAGACUACCAACAAAGAAAUGUGAAUACUAUACACCACCUAAGACUGGACGGCCAGCCUACCAUUCCGGAACUAUGGAAGGCCUUCGGACAAAUAGCUUCAUCACUGGCGAAGCCGGUAUACUGCGUUGUUGACGGGAUUGACGAAUGCACUGAUUACAAUCACACCAUGUCCGUCAAAAUUAUGCAAAUCAUGGAAGUAUGCCCAAACUUACGUAUACUUUUGCUGGGUCGGCCAAACGUCAUCCAGACACAUUCAGACAAUCCUGCUUUUGGGGCGAUUGAGAUUACUUCUGCGAUGCUAAAUCAUGAUAUCGAGGCCUUCAUUAACAAUGAAAUCGCCAAGUCAGACAUUCUUUCACUUCCGGAAUUCCGGACGACCGUUUACAAAACCCUUACGGACAAGUCUGAUGGCAUGUUUCUGUGGGUUCGGCUUAUGGUCGAUGACCUCAGGAAGUCAUCGUCAAAAUCCGAGUUCAGCGAGAGACUGCAGAAUUUGCCCCGUGGACUGGAGAAAGCAUACCAACUCCUUUUUCUCCACCUUUUUCAAAAACUCGACAAAUUUGAGCUAUGUCUAGCACAUAAUGUCCUGGCCUUCACGAGUGCAUCGUGCCGCCCCCUGCGUUUCGAGGAACUUCGAUAUGCUCAUGCUAUGCAUUGCCGGUCGUUAGAAACAGUGGCGCAACCUCUCGAGGAGUACUUACUUCUACAGCCACCUCAAAGGGUACUUGAUGUUACUGGAGGCCUGGUCUCCAUGACAGACGGUGUCUUGCGCCUUAUUCACUCCUCUGUCAGAGACUUUUUGAUCCGUCCUGAGGAUCAAUGGGUCUGCGAAUCUGACAGGGCUGUGCUAGGCUUUAGAAUCGACAUUACCCAGACACACCGUUCUUUCGCCUGGCUUUGUCUCGACUACAUGAGGUUGGAGCAAGAGGAGAGAAGAAAUUGGGAGCCCGAAACGUGUCAGUCUACGCAAGCUCUCUGGGAUAGCUAUCCUCUUCUUGCGUACGCUACGUUGUAUACUUGUUUUCAUUUGAACCGAUCCUGGCCACCUUGUUCCAUCAGUCUAGCUAAGAUAGAAACUGUGUUAGAGUCAACACAGAGUAUACUCUGGGUUCAACACUUCGCCCACCUUCUGUUCAAAGAUGUUACUCUUGAGUCACAAAUGGACGAGCUCAUGGUUUGGGGUGACCGGAUGGCGGAUGCAGGCCUGGACAAAAGAUUAUUUGCCAUCUUCGAAAAAACUUUGAAGGAACGGAUUGGCCAAAUGCGAAGAGCGGGAAAGCAUGAUGAUCCACUCACAGAAAGUUUGCAAUUUCAUCUCAACCAAGCUACAGUCGGACAAUUUGGAAGUUUUGGCCAGCAGCAAAACCAUGAAUCUGCAGACUCAGUUCUCGAGUCUGGCACAGCUGGCCCUAAUGUUGAGACUAGUUCUCCCUAUUCGAGCCCAAGCUCAAAUGAUCCCUCUGCUACCUUGUCUCGAGCCAUGGAUCUCCUGAAAGGCCAAAAUUCGUUGCCUAUCGGCCAUCAAAUUGAACUAUGUCUAAGACUGUCAACCUCUCUCCGCAGGACACGUGUUCUGAACGAUCCUCUCAAGGUCCUCUUUCAAUUGAUCUUGAGGAAUGCCUCGGGUAUUCAUGUGUUUGCGCUUCUGGCUAUUGGCGAAUUCUACAAAAGACUUGAGAAGUACCAAGAGGCUCUCGAAGUCUACACUGCCGCUUCCAGAAAGAUGGAUCAUCUAGAUGUACCACUAAAGUUCAGGAUCCACAGUUACAUGGGCGACUGUUAUCGGGCACUAUCUUUAGAUAUGGAAGCCUUGAGGUCCUAUGAAAGAGCAUUUUCCGGCCAAGAGAUCCUUCUUGGUAGUAGGCACUAUGGUACACUCAAAACUCUGAAAAUGAUGAUGCUCAUAAAUGACUGGAAUUCCCAAUAUACAGAGGUGUUAAGGCUGAGCGACAAAAUUUUCAUGCAACAGGAAUUCGUACCAGAAUUGUAUCUCAUUGAUAAUCUACAACUCCACAACUUGAGACACAAUGCCUAA